CCUUGUCCAGCACAUAGUCAUCCCUCACGCCCCUCCUUUGGGCCUAUGUACCAUCUCUCCAGAAGCUGAGUUCUGUAGAAACUUGAAACGGGGAGAGCGGGCUUGGGGGGGAGGGGGAGAUGAGACUCGGUAGAUCUUGGAGCUGCCGCCAUUGAAGAUGGCGCUCUUCUCGUCGCAGAGAAGACGCUCGCCGUCGACGUCGUCAUGGCGGAUUACGCUCCCUUCGCCACUCGUCUGGCUCUCCUUUCUCAUCCUUUUUGUCCUAUUCUCUCUCCUAUGUUUCUCCCUCAUCGAUCUCGAUGUUUUCUUACGACCCCCACAUCCUGUUAGUAAGGUCCGGAGAAAAAUAGAGCUAGAACCCAAGAUUCCAAGCAUAUUGGACCGUGAGGAAACAGUCUUCCGUGUUCCUAAUGGUGGACGCUCGAACACGUCGAAUAGGCUCUGGAGAUCAAAGAGAGCAAGUCUCUUCUAUGGUUGUAGCAAUUCCAGCAAUAAGUUCGCAAGAGCUGAAGUCAAUACCCAACCAAACAGAUAUUUAAUGAUUGCAACCAGUGGAGGGUUAAAUCAGCAGAGAACUGGUAUAACUGAUGCUGUUGUUGCUGCUCGAAUUCUUAAUGCUACUCUUGUGGUUCCUAAGCUGGACCAAAAGUCAUUCUGGAAGGAUGCUAGCAAUUUCAGCGACAUAUUUGAUGUUGAUUGGUUUAUAUCUUACCUUGCAAAAGAUGUUACAAUCAUCAAACAGCUCCCCAAGAAAAUCAGAAGGUCCAAGGGGAAUCCAUAUACAAUGCGUGUUCCGAGAAAAUGCACACCGCGAUGUUAUCAGAGCCGUGUGUUGCCUGUGCUUCUGAAAAAACAUGUAGUUGAGCUCACCAAGUUUGAUUUCAGGCUUGCAAAUAAAUUAGAUACGGAUCUGCAAAAGUUGAGAUGUAGAGCCAAUUACCAUGGAUUGCGGUUCCCAAAGUCCAUAACCUGGAUGGGGCAGAGACUAGUCCACAGAAUGAAGGAGAAAAGUGGCCAUUUUGUUGCUCUUCAUCUCAGGUUUGAGCCAGACAUGCUUGCAUUUUCAGGAUGCGACUAUGGUGGCGGUGAAAAAGAAAAAAGAGAACUUGGUGCAAUACGCAAAAGGUGGAAAACUUUACAUAAGAACAACCCUGAGAAGGAAAGACGGCAUGGAAAGUGUCCUUUGACUCCCGAAGAAGUGGGUCUGAUGCUGAGGGCAUUGGGUUUUGGCAGGGAUGUAUUUCUCUAUGUGGCAUCCGGGGAAGUAUAUGGUGGAGAAGAGACAUUAGCCCCACUUAAAAAGCUCUUUCCAAAUUUUUACUCAAAGGAAUCUUUAGCCACGAAAGAGGAAUUGGCACCUUUCUCUUCAUUUUCAUCUCGAAUGGCUGCACUUGAUUACAUUGUCUGCGAUGAAAGUGAUGUGUUUGUGACAAAUAACAAUGGCAACAUGGCGAAGAUGCUGGCUGGACGAAGGAGGUAUUUUGGACACAAACGCACGAUAAGACCAAAUGGGAAAAAGCUGUAUUCUCUGUUCCUCAACCGUGCAAACAUGAGUUGGGAAGCAUUUGCAUCUAAGGUCCGGACAAGCCAGAAAGGAUUCAUGGGAGAACCAAAAGAGAUGAGACCCGGAAGGGGUGAAUUUCAUGAGAAUCCUUCAACUUGUAUCUGUGAACUUACAGAAGCCGAGGCUAGGGACAAAAAGAGUCUUGCAAAUAAGCCUAGUCGAAAGAUUGGACAGGGGGAGAGCAGCAAAGAAGCUGAACCUGUUGAAGAUGAUUCAAGUGAUCUUGAACCUGACCUUUCUGAAUCGGACUAUGUGGAGGAUGGAUUGCUUUCUCAACGGCAGUUGAACGAAACUGAUGCCGAUUAUAGUCCAUUUUUCCAGUCAGAAGAGACUGAGUUGGAGGAUAUGCUGUCGGAUUAGCAAAUGAUACUCUCCCCCUCCAGGGCUUUUUUGUAGUUAUUGAUUCUUUCAUCAUUUAUUUUUCGUAUUUUGGGGUUCUUUAUUACAGCUUUAUUACUGUUUCAGGGGGUAUUUUUCCUGUAAGUAGGCUUCUGGAACAGUUGUAUAGUUUAUUUCUUUUUAAGAAAGUCCCCGAGGAAAUGAAAAUAUAGUUUCAGCUGCUA